GCAGCGAUCAACUACCAGCAAUCAUGAAGACACUGAUCGUCCUGAGUGCUGUGCUGGCCGUGGCCCUCGCCAAGCCCGGCUUCCUGGGGGCGGGCGUCGUCGGCCCCGCCUACGCCGCUGGCCUCGGUGCCGCCGUGCAGCCCGCCCCCGUCCUGGUGGGCGGCAUCCACCCCGGCCUCGCCGCCUACGGCCCGGCCAAUAUCGUCAUCGGGCCGGGUGGCUACCCGCUGGACACCCCUGCCGUGGCAGCCGCCAGGGCCGCCCACCUGACGGCCGUCGCCCAGACGAGGGCCCGCGACGCCGUGGUGAACGGCGCCGCCCUCGCCGCCGCCGCCGCCUACGGCGCCUACGGAGCCUACGGCUACGCCGCCCCCGCCGUCGUCGCCCCCUCGGUAGCCGCCCUCGCCCCUGGAGCCCUGGGUCUCCCUGGACUGCUGGCUGCCAAGGCUGCUUACCACGGCUAACUCCAACGCAGACCGAGGUUGUUCUUAUGGGUCGACAUCAUGCUCCACGCAUCGUACACGUUUCAUCACCACCUCACUCGAGAGGCUUAUGUAUUACUGAUUGUGGUACAAAUAUUUGAUAAAUAAAGAGCUUCAAAGAAA